AUGCGCCCGCGUCGCUUACUCGUAUUGCAGAGUCGCGUUGCCAUUCUUGGCGAUGAAAGUAGUCACAAACCAUUGAAAAUCUCGAUUCCGGCACCGUCCAGCGGAAAUGGAUCGGCGGGCGAAUCCACGUUUCACUUCAACCUUAAUAGCAAUGCUGAGAUGGAGGGUCCACAGGGUUCAUUUGAAUGUGUGCGGAAUGCAGUCGGCGGCACGAAGAGGCUGGAGUCGUGCGGGCCGUUGCCCAGAAGGAUGCGGGUGCAGGCCAACGAUGACUCGUAUGAGGCCACAAAAGACCGAAUGUCGAGGACCAUAGCUGCGGAACAGAGCAAAUGCACCCGCGUGAUAAAGCCUAAUCAAACGGACAUUGGAAGGCGUGUUAAAGUGCGCGCAACGCAUUCUAUGUACUCAAAUGGGCCGGUUGCGGAACGGCUCGAACGGCAAGAGCGUCCUGAACGGGCCGAACGCCCCGAUAGGCCAGAACGGGCCGAUCGUCCCGAUAGGCCAGAACGGGCCGAACGUCCCGAAAGACCGGAACGGGCCGAACGUCCUGAAAGACCGGAACGGGCCGAGAAACCGGAACGUCCCGAAAGGCCAGAGAGGGCAGAUCGCCUGGAAAGGCCCGAGCGGUUAGAACGGCCUGCUGCCGUAGUUCCUCCCACAAGUCGUCCACAACCUCAGCAGCAGCCGCAGCCGCAUCCCAACCCUCAACGGCCUCCAUCCAACCCUGACCUUACGAGGCGACCUAUUAAAGAAAGACUUAUACAAUUAUUAGCACUGAAACCCUUCAAGAAGCCGGAACUGUUCACCCGACUUUGUUGUGAGGGUAUCAAAGAAAAGGAACGUAGUAUGGUGACAAAGAUUUUGACAGAGAUUACGGUGGCGAAAGACAAUUGUUACCACUUACGUAGGCACAUUUGGAACGAUGUCAAUGAGGAUUGGCCAUUUUAUACGGAAGAGGAGAAACGUAUGCUCAAGAGGCGGAAACCUCAAAAUCUAACACCGCCGUUAAGCAGCGAUUCGGCAAACUCGCUAUCCCCGCGGGCUUCGCCGGCGAACAAGCGUAACGGCGCAGGCGCAGAGGAGCCCCCGGCCGCUAAAAAGCAACGCAUCUCGCACUAUCGCCGCCCUUCGCCCCCUUCCUCAGGUUACGCCACCACUUCCUCUGGGGAACGGCAUGCGUCGGACAACGAGGAUGAUAGAACCGUGAAAAAGGACAAUGGCUAUACCCUUAACUUCACAACUGUGAAGGACAUCUGCCCGAGUCCUGUGAAACCCAACGGUUUUAGAAAUAGUCCGCCCGUAGAGCAAACUAGUAUCACAGUAAAAGACAUCACAAAUACAGAACCAUUAGUAGAAAAUACAGCUUUAACGUCUGUCCCUGAAGAGAAUACGACGAAUGACCUCGUAGAAAUUGAAAGGCAAUACCCGCCCAUAACGAGUUCGAGCACGCGCCGCGCGUAUAAGAACGAGUUCGCGGCGCUGUACACGGAGUACCGGGCGCUGUACGCACGAGUCGCGCAGGUCGCCGCGCUCUUCACGCGCCUAGAGCAGCAGCUCAAGCGAGCCGAGCCCAAGUCGCCCCACCAUCGGAGCAUAGAGCAGCGUAUAGUUGAAGAAUACCAGCGCGCGCGCAACGACGCCGAUUACCAAAAGGAAAGGCGGCGAGUCAACUACCUGCAUCGGAAGCUCAACCAUAUCAAGAGAAUGGUGCUUCAAUACGAUCAGCUGCGAAACCUUAAGCCCGAGCGAGUGUCCGCCGCGAGUACGACGCAAGCGUACUGA